AUGGCCCUCGUCGCCGCCUCUCCGCCGCGCGCGUGCGCCGUCGCCUGUUGGGCGCUCGUGGCCACGUCGCGCGUCCGCAGCGCAAACGUCACGACGCACCCGACCAAGUCGGGCAUUGGCGUGUGGGUGGACCCCGACACGCCGCGCGACCGCUACGUGUACCUGAGCUCGCGCGGGCGGCCGUGGGACCUCGUGAUGAGCGACGAGUUCAACGUGGCGAACCGGAGUUUCCGCCCGGGCGACGACCACAUGUGGACGUCGCUGGAAAAACCCGACGGCGUCAACGGCGCGCUCGAAGUCUACUCGCACAACAUGACGUCCACGGCGUGCGACGACGACGGCACGUGCUACUUUUUCAUCCGCGCGGUCGACGAAGUGACGUCCGUGCGCGUGUACAAUAUGUACAAACACCCGCCGGCGUUCGAAGAACUCCCUGGCGUCACGGACCCGGCCUCGGGCAACCCCGACGCGAAGCUCGGGCCCAGCGCCCGCGUCAUGAACACGGACUUUUACCCGACGUGGCCCGGGCUCUGGAUGCUCGGGAACCUCGGGCGCGCCAUCUUCUCGGCCUCGACGAACCGCAUGUGGCCGUUCUCGUACAACGAGUGCGACGACGACGUGUUCAACUCGUCGUUCCAGCGCAUCAGCGCGUGCGACGACGACCCGGGCUUUGGCCUGCACCCGCACCAGGGCCGCGGGGCCCCCGAGAUCGACGUGCUCGAGGGCGCGGGCACGACCGUGUCGGCGUCGGCGCAGAUUGGCCCGGGCAUGCCGGACGAGUACCGGCUGUUUUUCGUCGACCAGUCCACGGGCGACUCGGACUAUUGCCACUUUACCUACGAGUGCAACACGAUCGGGGCCAACCACGUUGACGUGCCGACGGCGUACUACGCCGCGCGGCGCGACCACAGGUCGUGGUACCAGGGCUUUCGCUACGGGGCCAACAACUUUUGCCGCCCGAACAACGCGAUGAAGCAGGACUUUGAGACGAUCGAAGCGUCGCUGGAAGCUGGGAUCACGAUCAACUCGUGCACCGUGGACAAGUGCCCCGGGUCGGGCGACGUGAACGGCGACCUGGGGCUCAUUGACGGCAAAGGACCCGGCCACUGGAACAUUAACACGAACGGCACGUGCUUUUCGCUCAUGAACUCGUACUUGGGCUCGUACUUGUGCGACCCGGACAACACCCAUAGCAAGUGUCCCGAGCCGCGCGACCCCAACACGACGGCCCCGGCCGGCGCCAUGAGUUCGUUCAACUACCAAAUGGACGCGCUGUCGUCGAAUUGGCCGCUGCAUUUUGGCGCGUACACGGGGUACCUUAUCUACCAAGUCGAGUGGGUGACGGGCAAGAAUGGCUACAUCCGCUGGAUGCUCCAUGGCGCGCCGUUGUUUGAAAUCCCGGCUGAGGCGGUCGAGAACGUGCCGCAGAGUGCGAAGAAGAACAAUCCGAAGAAAGUUAUGAUUGAGGAGCCGCUGUACAUCAUUAUGAACGACCCUGUGGCGAACGCCAUUUGUGACUCGUUUCCACUGUACAUGAAGGUUGACUACAUUCGGCUGUACCAGGACCGAGGCACGGAUUUGGAGGACGACAACUACAUGGCCGUGACAUGCGAUCCCGCCGAUCAUCCAACGAAGGAGUGGAUCGAGGGACACAUGGAUGAGUACGAAGACAAUGACAACAAGGUGGUGGAAGUCGCGGGUAAGGCGUUCUGUAAGACGAGCGACGAUUGCUCGAUCGGGGGGCCGUUGGCCAAAACGUCGCUCAAGACGGGCAAGUGUGUGAACCAGCGCUGCGAGUGCAUGUACCACUCGUGGGGUGGCCCGCGCUGUACUACUGCUACUUCCGGCUCGAGCUCGUCGGAAGAAGGGGUGAUGAGCCAAACGUUUGGACCGUCGAUGGGGGUCUCGAUUGCACUUGCAGUCGUGGCGUGUCUGCUGUCUGCGCUAUCUGUCUACAAGGCCGUCACGAAAUCGGCGAAACAGUCGAAGGUUGCGAUGGCUGCAGUGAAUGCCCAGCGAAAGGCCGCGGCGAUCUCCGAGACUGGAUCGAACAGCGAAGGCAGUACCAACAUUGCCCCGGUGUCGAAGGACAACUAUCGUCAGAACUUCGUCUAG